UGCGCUGAGUGUGAGGAUGCGCUGAGUGUGAGGAUGCGCUGAGUGUGAGGAUGCGCUGAGUGUGAGGAUGCGCUCACUGGAGCGCAGCAGAAGCAGCCGCUCACUUCAACCUGGCCACCAUGGUGAAGCGCGCGCUCCCCGGCCUCUCCGUUGCGCUCGCGGCGCUGCUGCUGAUUCCUGGGCGCGCGGCGGACGAGUACUCCACCAAGACAGAGCCGGACUACGAGUUUGGGGACUACCGGGGCAAGUGGUGCAUUGACGACCAUGGCUUCGUGUACAGCAUCGGAGAGGUUUACUACCCGAGCCCCACGGCGUGCCCCUGCACCUGCACCGUGGACGGCCCCGUGUGCGUCCGACCCAGGUGUCCCCGCAUCCACCCGCAGUGCACGCGGAUCAGGUAUAAGGCGUGCUGCCCUGUGUGUGAGGCCAUGGCCAGAGUCUGCGUCUACGGAGGCAAAACCUACAGACUGCUGGAGGAGUUCAGGGUGUCGAGGUGUGAGUGGUGUCGCUGCGAGGCCAACAGAGAGGUGUACUGCAGCAUCUCCGACUGCCCGGCCCCUCACUGCGUGAACCCCACCUAUGAGCCCAACCACUGCUGUCCCAUCUGUAAGACUGGUCCCAACUGUUUUGCCGGGAGCAGGGUGAUCCCGGCAGGGGAACGUGUGAACAUCGAUGAGGAGACGGUGUGCUACUGCACCUACAGGGACGGAACGUGGCACACCCACCCUCAGGCCACCUGCGAGCAGCGCUCCCUGCCCAGCUCCACACUCCGUACCCGCACCGACGCCCCCAUGGAUGAGGACGUGGCGGGGAGACUGUUCCCUAGACUGGAUCUGAUACCCUAAAGCAAACUGACUGAAGCAGAGUUACUGGUCAGUUACAAACAACCCCCAGUUCUCAGUCAGUGGGACUCAGAGCAGUGAAUGUUUGGGAAUCAUGACUCCAGCCCCUGGUUCCUGAUGCUCACCAGCAUUCAGCAUUAUUUAAGUUAAGUUUAGGUUCACUGAUAAAUACUGACAUACAUCCUAACGAUGAAAUUAGAUCAAAUUAAAGUUACUAACAGCAACAUUACAUGGAGGAAAUGGUCAAAAGUGUCGGAAACGUAGCGACUGGUGAGAUCUGGUGGAAGCCCAGAUGUUGCCCACAUCUGUUGUUUGUGACACACAGAUUCUGUUUAGUUUUUGUCAAAGUCCGAAUAAUUCCUGUUACAGACUGAAGAAACCUCAUCACACCAGAACCAGAACCAGAACUGUUCUGAUGUUCUCACUGAGACUACCUGACCUUUCUGUCUGGAGUUCUAACUGUGACACUAAUCAACUGGAAUUACAGUAAUGACAUGUGAAUAUUGUACUAACAAAUAUAUACAUUUACAAAAACAUAUUUGAUUAUAUUACCAUAUUUUAACGUAUUUAAUGUUCACCUGCAGCAACACAUCCUGACUCCAUUCUGUCUCACCUGUCAGACUGAGUGGAGCUACACUGAUCUGGUUAAGAUAAACUUAUUUUGUUAACAUAUUCUGAUAUGAUUAUGAUAAAUUGAUCUGGUUAUGAUUAACUGAUCUGAAUUGAUGCUACUGUGCAGUUCAGCCGAUGUGAUGAGUCACAUUUUCAGUUUUUUACAUUUAUUGCAGAAAACAAGAGAAAAUUUAAAUUCUUCUAAAAAUUGUGACUUGGACCUUGUUACGGUCCGACCAGUAAGGCACAAGGACAAAGGCGUAUAUAAAAAAAUAUUUUCUAUUUAUUUUCCCAAAAAUUCUUCACAAAAAGACUUCCAACAUCAAAUCUCAAAAAUAUAACAAAAUGGGCCCAAAAUAAAUCAACUAAGGCAGACCUAACUCAGGAUAACAAACCAAAAACUGACCUCACACAAUGAGCACACAGGGAUUUAUACACAAAGACUGGCCUACACAAACGAGGAGGGGUGGAGAAAAGACAAAGACAAACAAUUAAUAUACAUAAAUAACUAAUUCAAACCAAGACAUUUUGACUACAACAAAACAACCUAACACCAAAAAUGUUUUUGCAGUUAUACUGUUAGUAUAGAGAGAGGCAGAUUCUUUAACAUCAAGUCCUGCUUCCAGCAGCCUGAUGGUUUGUUCCACUUCCUGGUUUAGAAUAGAAUAGAAUAGAAUAGAAUAGAAGUACUUUAUUCAUCCCAGCAGGGAAAUUACUUCGCAGUUACAGCAUAGAGACAAGACACAAUAACAACUACCACUGAGUAGUAGUUGUAGAUAAAAUAAAAAUAAUGGUUUGUCUUUCAACCAGUCGUCUCCCCCAGCCAGUCCUUCAAACUCAGCAAAAAAAAGUAGUUAAUGAUUCAAAUAAACAAAAGGUGUUUACUAAAUGUGUGCACCCAAAAUAGUAAACAACCUAAUGCAAUAAACACCACAAAAAGAGUGAAAUUAUAACUGUAUUGUGUGAAAACAUUUAAAUAAAUACUAACACUGGGAGAAAGAUCCAGGAACCUCCACAGACCUUAUGUAUUUAAUAGACAUUUGUAGAUAAUGUGAAUAUGUUUGUGGUUUUACUGAAUUCUGAUGAACAAAUAGAAGUUGUUUCUGUAGAGCUGUAUGUGUCACAUACAGAUGUUUCCUGUUCUGAACCUGCCACAGACCAAAUCUUUUCAUAAAUAUCUGUGUUGAUUUAUCCGUCAUUUUUUGUGUCCUCUAUGACUAUCUAGUUUUUGGACGCCCAUUUUCCUUGUUUAAUAAAUCUCUUUAAUUUUA